AUGGCCACAACACAAAGACCAGGACGCCUCGCAGGCAAAAAUGCAAUCAUCACCGGUGCCGCCGGAGGCAUUGGUUUGGAAACCACCAUCCUGUUCGCCCGCGAGGGUGCCUCUGUCCUGAUGGCCGACAUCUCCGAGCCCGCACUGGCCAAGGCACUCGAGAAGGUCAAAGAACUAGUCCCAGAGUCGCCUCGCAUCUCGACCAUCAAAUGUGACGUGUCCAAGGAAUCCGACGUCGCCGCUGCCAUCGAAUCUCAAGAUCAAUAUGGCGGCAUCGACAUCAUCUUCAACAACGCCGGCAUCAUGCACGCCCAGGACGACGACGCCAUCAACACGAGCGAGAAAAUCUGGGACCUGACCCAGUCCAUCAACGUCAAGGGCGUCUGGUACGGCAGCAAGCACGCCGUGCUGAGCAUGCGCCGCCACCAGAAGAAGACCGGCAGCGUCAUCAACGUGGCGAGUUUCGUCGCCCUCAUGGGUGCCGCCACCCCGCAGCUUGCAUACACCGCCUCCAAGGGUGCCGUGUUGGCCAUGACUCGCGAACUGGCCAUCGUCCACGCACGCGAGAACAUCCGAUUCAACUCGCUGUGUCCAGGACCCCUCAACACCCCGUUGUUGCAGGACUGGUUGGGCGAUGAUCUGCAGAAGAGGCAUCGUCGAGAAGUCCAUUUCCCCAGCGGCCGCUUUGGAGAAGCCAUUGAGCAGGCCCAGGCCGUUUUGUUUUUGGCGAGUGAUGAGAGCAGCUUUGUCAAUGCCACCGAGUUUGUUGUCGAUGGUGGGUUGAGCAAGGCUUAUGUGACGGCCGAAGGUCCACCACCAGCUGCACCUUUGAACAACGUUCGUUAA